AUGAACCGCCGGCGUGCAGUUGUUGUCCUGUGGGUGACGCUGCUGGCGCUGGGUGUGAGGGCGGGCGAGCCGUCGACGGAGCAGGACGUUGAAGUGUUGUUGACUACCGCCGCAUCCGUCGACUCAUCCGGGGUGUCCCCGUCUACGUCUGUGCCCUCGCCCCAGCCCUCGCAGUCGCUGCCUGUCGUCGAAGACAGCCGAACGGAAGUGUCAUCGUCGUCGUCGUCGUCCUCCUCAUCGGCUCCGUUAUCGUCACCGGCAUCGGCGGUCGACGUGCCAUCGACGGCGUCGCCUUCGUCUUCGCCGGCGCCGUCCUCGGAAGCGCCACUAAUGGAAGCGUCGAGUACGGUUGUCUCUAGUGCGGCGACGACGACGACGACCGUGCCCGAGGCUGACACGACGGCGACGGAGGCGCCUAAGUUGGUGCACGAGGCGGGUGUGAGCCCCGUGGCGACAGGCACGCCCGAUCAGACCCCUGAGGGUGACGAUAAGAAGGUGGGCGGUGAGCUGGAACCGGAGAGUGAGACGCCGGUGAUAAGCUUCGGCAUUCGCUCGUUCACGGUGGAGGUUGGGACGGGCACGGAGCGUGCGAGCACGGACGUGGAGCUGGUGAAUGCAACGCAGGCGGGCGACAACUUCACCCACGAAGCCGUGGCGUCCACUCCGGUGUUGCCCGCGGCGGUCGAACCGGGGCCCGAGAAGGCAGAUGUACCAACAGCGCUGCAUGGUCAGUCGACCGUGACGAUCAACACGCAGGUGCUGGCCAACGGGGGGGCCGCGCCGCUCGAUCUCGCCGAGGACCCGCCGGAGGAAGCGUUCUCCAACGAGAUCCACGUCGAGCGCAACCUCAAGAACGGCCUGUACCGGAUCAAGAUAGCGGAAAUCACGACCGACGAGUUCGACAACGGGCUGCGCGAGAACGACAACGAGAACAUGCUGAUGACGGACACGCUGGGGGCGGGGCAGCGCCGUCCACCGCUGCACAAGUCGGUCUACCCGAGCAAGAUCAACAUGGACGACUUCUACCCCUCGAAGCUGGAGGACUUCAAGCACGACGAUCAGCAACCGGUGGCCAUGCAGGAGGCGGUGGAGGAGGAUGGGGAGGGGGAGGAGCGCCUGCGGGAGAAGGCCAUCCUGCGGAACGGUGGGGAAGGGGGGACCGAUGAGAAGCUGCUGUUCGAGUCCACCAUCAUGAAGCCGUCGGAUAUGCUGCCUUUGCCGCUGGCGACGACGACGGAGGUGUUGGGCGAGGGCAUGGAGCGACCGUCGAAUGGUGUCGGGACGGUGACGAGUGUCAGUAGUAGUGGUAGCAGCCCGGUAAGUCCACCAGCUAAUGGAACCGGACCGGACGGUGGCGACAUCUCGACUACCAAAAUCGAAAUCGAGCUGAUUGACGACACGUCGGAAACGUCGGCAAGUGACGAGCGGGGUGGAAGCAGCAGCAGCAGCAGCAAGCCCACGAUCGACAACAUCACGGAGAAGCUGGAGGAGAACGACGAGGUGAUCAGCCGGAUCGAGGAAAACUUCAAGGGCUUCCGGACGUUCGAGGGCACCGCGGUUGGGGAAACGGAAGACGAGGUCGAGUACCGGGAUGCGUCGGAGGGCCGGGGAAAGGACGACGAGGUGAUCACGAUCGCCAUCUCCUCCGUGACGUUCUCCUCCUCGCAGCAGGACGUGCAGGACGCGCAAACGCAGCCGCCAAUGGCGUCGAGUUCGCCGAUGGCGGCCCAAACGGAAGAGGUCGGUGUUCCGGUGAGUGGCGGCGACAUCGUGACGAGCGGCUUCGACGGCAAUCUGUUCAUCCCUCGGCGCGUGAAGAAGAACGACCCCUCGACGGUGGCGAAGCUGGCCCAGCUGGCGGCCAAGUCGGACGCCGAGCAGGGCGCGCCGAUCAAGAAGAUUGACUUCGCCGCCACGAAGUUCAACACGGACAACAGCGGACCGGGCGGAAACGGGCACGAUCUGGCCGACGGCAGCAAGAAGGACAAGCCGGAGUUCUCCACCACCAAGUUCUACAACAGCAAGGAGCUGUAUAGUGAGCUGCACCACCAGCAGGCCCCUCCUCCGCCGCCCGCUCCCGUGCCGAAUCGGACGCAGUCGACCGCCAAGUCCCGGGCGGCGGCCGCCGCCAUCCUCUCCGAGAAGGACAUCAUCACGGCGAAAACGAUGUCAAAACCGGCGCAGGCCAUUCUGGCGGCUUCGUCCCGCAAACCGACGCGCCCUCAACCCGCGUCGCCCGCCUCCGGCGAGUUGAAGCAGCACACGCUCAAGACGAACUUCGUGCUGCACGAGGACACCAACGGUUCGCCGUCGGCCGCGGUCGCACUCAAGCCGAGCAAGACGGUCGUCGACGAUCCGCAGCAGCGCAAAAUAAAGUCGCUCGGUUCGGCCGCGUCCGCCAUCAUUGCCGCCACCGCCAAGCUGGCCAAACCGAACCGCCCGUCGACCUCAACGGUUGCCACCGCAACGUCCGCAACGACAACGACGGCACAGUCGGCCGUGUUGCCCUCGGUGGACGGCGGGAGAAGCGGCGCUACCGGUGACCGGACGCUGGACUCCUCGAACGCGCCGCACGAAACCGUCAUCACGAAACCGACCGCGCCCCUGUCGCGUCUGCACGAGAAAAUUAACACGCUCGAUUGCGAAAUCCAAGCCAUCGCACCGGAGUCGAGCGUCUGGCGAGGCAACGAAACGCACGAGCUGCAGCUUCCGGCCAUGACUCCCGAGGAUUGCUCGGCCGGCUCGAGCUGCACCCCGACCACCAUCUCCUGGGAAGGCACGGCCGACAUCCAGUCCGGCGACGUGCUCAUCGUGGAAAUCGACGACCAGCACUUGAUCCCUUCCAACUACAACAAAUCCUCCGAAGGCGCCCAUCACACGACCACCGCCGUUUAUCAGGUUACCCGGCUCGGGCACGAGAACUGCGACAUCACCGAGGGCGUCCUGCUCGACAUCACGCCGCUCGUGGCCGACGGCAAGAAGCUGGUCACCCUUUACGACAAGGAUCUGACGGAGGGAAUUAAUCUACUAAUUGUCGUGUCCGAGCAGUGGGGCCAACAGUGCGUCCGGCUGAAGGUGACCGUAAAGUCGGAUAAUUGUGGCGAAAAUGCUGACUGCUCCGGAAAGGGUGUGUGCUAUUCGAAUAUUUCUAUGGAGGGAUACGAGUGCCAGUGCUGCAGCGGGUUCGCCGGCACGCACUGCGAGGAGAUCGAUGCCUGCAGCCCUUCGCCCUGCACCAACAACGGGAUCUGCGUCGAUCUGUCGCAAGGACACGAGGGCAACGCGUACCAGUGCCUCUGUCCGUACGGCUACACCGGGAAGAACUGUCAAUUCGAGUCCGAUCCGUGCAAUCCAUCGCAGUGCCUGAACGGGGGCACCUGCGUCGGUAACUCGACCCACUUCAGAUGCGAUUGUACUUCCGGCUACACUGGGCCGCUCUGCCAGCACAAUCUGAACGAGUGCGAAUCGUCGCCCUGCGUCCACGGGAUCUGCGUCGAUCAGGAGGACGGCUUCCGGUGCUUCUGCCAGCCAGGAUUCUCCGGUGAACUGUGCAACUUCGAGUACAACGAGUGCGAAUCCAACCCAUGCAUCAACGGCGGCCAGUGCAUCGACAAUAUCGGUGGAUUCUCGUGCAAGUGCACCCGGGGCUACACCGGCAAACGGUGUCACAUUAAGGUCGAUUUCUGCGCCAACGAUCCCUGCCCGGACGGCCAUCGGUGCAUCGACCAUGGCGACGACUUCACCUGCGAGUGUCCCGGCGGCAGGAACGGGCCGGACUGCAAUCAGGUGCCUCGUACGCUGUGCAACGUGAAUCCUUGCGCCAACGGCGGCACCUGCUGGACAACGGAGGAGUCCUUCUAUUGCGCCUGCCGACCAGGAUUUACCGGCAAAAUGUGCGAAGAAAACUUCGUCAUCGAUACGAUGGUGAGCUCGAGCGAGAUGCUCUCGGACACGUUGGCCAACCAGAAUGGUCUCCGGGCCAUCAGCGGCAGCACGAUGUACGGCGAGGACGGCGGUGUGGCGGGUGGACACGCCGGCAAGCACAACAGCGCGCUGGAGCUACACAAUGCGUACAUCGCGGCCGGCACGCUGGCCACCGCCAUUUUGAUUGUAGCCAUUGUGGUAACCGCAUGUCACUGCAAGGUGCACCAGAGCUAUCGCCACUUCGCCACCAAGCACCGCCAGCUCAUACCGGUGUUCGGGCGGCGGACCAAGCCGGCCAGCGCCAACCGGCACUGGCUGAGCGGCAAGGGCCACCAGCAGCAGCAGCACCAGCACCAGCAGAGCCACUCCAACCCGAACUACAACUACGCGCACCAGCUGCCCAACUCGUACGCCGGCCUGCAACCGGAGCGGAUAAUCAACAAGCCGCUGCCGAUGAACCUGGAGAACGACAUGUACUACACGGUGGACUUUGGCGACUCGCAGAACGCCCCCUUGAUACAGUAA